CUGUCUCCGCACCUCAAUCCUUGCAUUUGCCACCACUUUAAAUUAUGUCCUCGCUGGCAGAAAUUCUUCGCGACCAUCAGACCACACAGGCUGAGCACAGACGCGCCACCGACGAGCUGCGCAGGGCUGCAGUCCAGGACGUCGGCGACCUCUGCGACACAGCCACAACCUCGCUCUCGUCACAGCUCUCGCGCGUGCUUGAGAACCAGCGUGAGAUAGAGUCGCUGUCUAGAGACUGCGCACACUUGGUGCAGCAGCAUGUGAGGAGUACGGCAAAGUGGACAAGGCUGGUCGACCAGUUCAACGGGGCACUGAAGGAGCUCGGCGACGUGCGCAAUUGGGCGCAGGUAAUCGAGCGGGACAUGCUGGACGUGGCGGCAACGUUAGGAGCUUGUGCAUGGGUCGCUGAACCCGCCGUUGCAGGCCGACCAUGACAGCGAGCGGGGCAAGGCGCCGAGCAAAUAGGACUGUAUUUUUUUAAUUUUUGAUUAUUUACCAUAAACUGAGCCAAUGCG